UACUAACAUUUUUGAAUGCAUUUAUCUCAAUCUGUUUUAUUAUGGUUUUUGUUUCUGUUAGGUCAACAAAUAAUACAUAAUGAUAUAUUUCGGAACUGAAAUAUUUCAUUUACUGUAAUUUCAGGAUGCCUCGGUGUGAAAGAAACAAUUUUAAUUGCAUAUGUUGUUCCAAAAGAGUUAGACCAAGAGACAGAAAAAAGGUCAAUAAGGAUAUAUCAAGGUAUUUACAGAAGAAGUUCCUAAUAUCUGCCUUGGACAAUUCCAUAAUCUGUAACAGAUGCCGACACAGAUACAGGAAGGAUAGGAAGGAACGCUCAGAUCAUCAGCAAUCCAUAACUACCCGGCUUCCAGAGAGUGAUGAUGAAUAUCAAAUAAAGGCAUCAGUACGCCCUACUCCAAAAAGUCCUCCAUCUGUCUCUUUGCCAAUUGCAUCGACAGUAAAGAGCCACGCAUACUGCUUCAUCUGCAAAAAGCCAGGACCUAAGUUGGUUCAAGUGUCUUCAGCAUGCCGGCUCUCAGUUUUCGUUCAACACAAUAUUCUUAUUGAAGAAGGUAACAGAUGCUGUCCAAAUCAUUUGAGAGAUGGUGUUUUAACCCAUGAUUCAUUGCAAAAUCUUAAAACGACAGAUCAUGUAUUUCUAAACAAACAUUCUGUACUGGAUCUCCUUUCCAAAAUGCGACAUCUUUGCCAAGUGAACAAAAACUACCGCCUUGAUUUUGACAACAAAGAAAGUCUUACUAAUGAGGAUUACACUUCUUUGACUGGUUUGACCAAAGAGAACUUUCAGGAUUUAUAUCAGAUCAUACAUCAUCAUAUAAAAAACACUCCAUCCAGAAGUGUCAGAACAACUUUGGCUAUAUUUCUGUGCAAGCUGAACUCUGGACUCUCUAACAGAUUUCUGGCAACAUUAUUCAAUGUGACAAAAUCAAGUCUAAGGAGAGCAAUCAAAACAGUGCGUCAAGUAUUGAUGAACAAUUUAGUUCCACAAAAUCUUGGAUUUCAUCAUGUGUCCCGUGAAAAGGUUAUCAAAGAUCAUACACGUCCUCUGGCUGCAUCACUCUUUGGAACCACUGGAGAGGAAGCAAUUUUGGUUCUUGACGGAACAUACAUUUACAUCGAUAAAAGUUCCAACUUCCAUUUCCAGAGAAGGUCUUAUAGUGUUCAUAAGGGUCGGCCUCUCUUAAAACCGAUGGUGAUUGUAACAACUUCUGGCUAUUUUGUGUCUGUGCUUGGACCCUACCUUUCAGAUUUCAAAAACAAUGAUGCAUCAAUAUUAACACACAUAAUCAAGACCAAUGUAGAAGACAUCAAGAAGUGGGUUAAAGAUGAGGAUAUUUUUGUGGUGGACAGAGGAUUUCGUGAUGCCAUUCCUCUUCUUGAAGAUUUGGGAAUUCAAGCCGAGAUGCCAAAGUUUAUGUCUAAAGGCCAAAAGCAGUUGACCACAGAGGAUGCAAACAUGAGCAGAUUAGUAACCAAAAUUCGCUGGGUUGUGGAAUCCUCUAACGCAAGGAUUAAAAGAUGGAAAUAUUUAAGUCACACAUUACCUACAAAUCAAAUUCCAUUUAUUGGAGAUUAUGUGAAAAUUGUUUGUGCCUUAAACAACAAAUAUUUCCCAGAGCUGAGCACCUGUUUAAGCCAGGAAGAAGAUGAAGCCCAGGCAGCAAAAAUGUUAUAUUUAGCCAAACAAGGAAACACCUUACAGGAGUAUGUGGAAAAGAACAACCUUGGCCGAAAAAGUGCUAUUUGGAAAAAUGCUUCAGAGAUAAACCUGAAAAACUUCCCAACUUUAGAUGAUGAACAGCUUAGAAACAUUACUGUAGGAACAUAUCAACUCAAGUUGUCCGCAAGCUACAUUCAAGAACAUUUAGAAAAUGACAGUUUCAUACAGUUUCAUGAGGAUGACUCUCAUUUGCUUCGUGUGAGAAUUCAAAGCAGGCACAUCUCAUCAAAAAAGUAUACACUUUGGAUUAAAUACAACGAGGCUUGUGUAGAAUCUUGGUAUUGUUUGUGUCCAUGUGGAGCUAGAGUUGUCGGGAUGUGUAGUCAUGUUUCAGCGAUCAUAUGGUAUCUUGGAAAAGCCAGGAGUAUGGAUGGCAAGUCAGUUGGAGUACGUGACUGGAGUACUUGUGUCCUUGAUGCCAGUGACAUUCCGCCAGUUGUUGACCAGUCAGACAGUGAAAGUGAAAAUGAAUUAGUUGAAGAAUAA